GCUGGAUGGGCGCGGUCUGGUGUUCAGGGCAGGGCAAGGUGCACUUUACCUCCGGCAGCCCAGACACUCUGCGGCGGACUGGCUUUCCUCUGGAUGUUGUUUAGGCCGACCGGACAGUUUAAAAAAUGGCGACUCUGGACCACCUUAAAUCGGUUAUUUCCAUCGGGAAUGUGGACCACACGUCGCUGGCUCUGCCGUCCAGUAACCAGUGCCGGUCCGGGCAGCAGCGAGUCCGGGAGCAGGUGGAGACCCUCCGGAGGAGCAAGACCCGGCUGUCCAGUAGCAGGAGCGCUUCCACUUCUCUAUCUCCGACAUCUCCUACCAUUGACUCCGUGUUCAUAGAGGCUCCAAAGUUAAACUCCAGCGCAUCCAAUGGAGGGUUCAUCUUUCCAAAUGGCUAUUCUAAAACUCACAGCCGAGAACCAAACUUCAGCCUAUAUUCAGUCACCAACAUAAAGGGAGCCAGUGUGAAGAGGACUACAGGCUCUACCUAUCAACAUGUGAGGUCUUUCGCCAGCGUCGGCUCCACUGCGCUGGGUCAAGCCAACACCAGCCACAGUGAGCCUGGAAUGGCCUGGAAUCGCUCCGUGCCAAAACGCUCUGCUCCUCCGCAGGGAUUUCCUUCCAGCAGGGCAAUCUACAGGGAGGAGAGAAGCAGCGGUCACUUUGUAAAGACCCCCACCUCCCCUCUGCAGUUUCAGCCCGUGUUCACCAUGAAUGGCACCGGUCAGACCAAAUCAAGCAACCAGUUCCUGGGCAGCAAAGUUGAGGUGACCAAAACAGCUACUGACGGUCCUGCAGAGACCAAAGGAAAUACGGGGUCAGAUACUGCUGACAUCACUAUGAAGGAGGCUGUGGAGUAUCUCUCCAGUGCGGAGGAAACAUAUCAGCACUGUGGCGCUUCCUACAUACAGCACAAUACUUUCAUUAACGAGAAGGCUAAAGAAGAGGUGUUGAAGUUCAAAGGAAUCCAUCCUCUGGUGGAUCUGCUGCGCAGCCAUAGCUCAUCGGUCAAUGAGACGUCCUCUGCUGCCCUCCGUAACCUGUCCUUCAAAAGCAUCAGCAACAAGGAGGAGAUACAUCGCUCAGGAGGCAUCACAGAGGCUGUGGCUCUGCUCAGAGAGACAGACUCUGUGGAGACACAGACACAGCUGACAGGUCUCCUGUGGAAUUUGUCGUCUGUCGACAGCCUGAAGCCAGACCUGCUGAAGAGUGCUCUGCCUGUGCUAAUGGAGCAAGUGAUCCUGCCCUACACUAAAGGUCACGACAGGACCAACAGCAGCAGCCGAGACCCAGAGGUCUUCUUUAACGCCACUGCGUGUCUAAGAAACCUAAGCAGUACGAAGCAAAGCAACAGACAGGCCAUGAGGAAAUGUCGAGGUCUGGUCGACUCUCUGGUCAGUUAUGUAAAAGAGUGCGUCGAUGCGGGAAACCCAGACGAUAAGUCGGUGGAAAACUGUGUGUGCAUCCUGCACAACCUGACCUUCCAGCUGGAGGCCGAGGCUCCCGCUCUGUUCAGCAGAAUCACAGCGUUAGCCAAGACUGUCUGCAGGACCUCCAGCGAGGGCGACACCGGGCCCAUCGGCUGCUUCAGUCCGCAGAAAGAAUCCUCAGAGCACGAGCGCCGCUUUGACUACCCGGUCGUUGAGGAUCCACAGCCUAAUGGCGCUGGUUUGCUGAUCCACUCCAGCACUCUGCAGAAUUACCUGUCUUUGUUAGCCACUAGUCAGCGAGAAGAAACACAGGAAGCCUGCUGCGGAGCCCUGCAGAACCUCACCACAAACGACGGCCUUGUAAGAGAAACAUGUUCUGCUCUUGCACAAUGACCGAGAUAAAAGAAAAUACAUUUGAUUUACA